AUGUCGAUAAAUCUUCGAGAGCGGGCGAUUGCCAUCACUCAGCACCUGAAUACAUUCAACAUCGAAGCUAUUCGCGGGCUGUUAUCUGAUUCCUCUGAUUUCCAUUUCAGAUUUGGUCCGGAAUCAGCCCUCCAAGCGUUGGGAAAGCCAGGGGGUUUCAAUAAGGAAGAGGUGCUCGAAUUCUUCGGCAACCAUCGAAAAAUUGUUAAGCAUUUCAAUUUCUUGGAGCCCGACUUCGUGGUUGAGGGAGACGGCUGUGUGGCGUACCACACCAGAUCCGAUGGUGUUUCUGUCGAUGACCAGCCUUUUCGCAACGAGUACUCUUGGUUUGUGAAAUUUGACGAUGACGGGAGAAUUCUUCAGGUCAUUGAAAUGGUCGACAGUGCCUACAUCAGUCAAGUCGUCCCUAGGGUUGGCUAUGUUUCCAAGUAUCUUGAAUAG